AUGCCAUCCCAUGACAGCCUCAUCCUAGGCCUCUCGCUUCCCACCAUCGCCUCCCUCCUCCUGCUCCCCGCCCUCUGUUUCCUCUACACCUUCCUCGCACCCUCCUUCACCUUCCCCCAAAAGGCUCCUUCCCAGUCCACUAUCUCGAACUUCCCUAUCGUCGGUGCCCUGCAGUUCUUCACGCGGAGAUGGGAUUAUUUCAGGCUUUCCAGGGAUGCGGCCAAGACUGGCAACUUUCGGUUUUUCUUGGGCAAGCAUCCUAUCGUUGGACUGACUGGUGCGGAGGGCCGCAAGGUCUUUUUUGAGAGUAGGGAGUUGAGUAUGCAUGAGGGAUACGCAAUCCUAUUUGGAGCAAGCCCAGCUAGUCUCAAGAAAGACAGGCCGGCAAACGACGACAAUUUCGGUGGUUCUGGAGGCUACUUCCAACGCCGUAUAACCAAAUUGAUGAAAAAGGAGGUCAUCGAGAGAGGCCUUCCUUACCUAAUGCGAGAUGUCCGUACCUUCCUUGACACCCUCGCCCAGUCCCCCACAGGCAUCACAAACCCCUUUGAAUCCUUCUACCGCCUCGUCUACCAACUUACCAUGCGCACUGUUGGCUGCAGCGACAUCGCCAAUGACCCCGUGCUCCUCGAGAGAACGCUUCAGCUCUACGAAACCAUAGAAGCGAGCGCGACCGCUGCAACGAUGCUAUUCCCGUGGUUCCCAAGCCCAUCUGUCAUAAAAAGAACCAUUUCAGGGGGUAAGUUGUAUAUGGUUAUUAAUAAAAUUGUGGAGAACAGGAAGAAGACUGGGAUCAGGGGUGAUGAUCCGUUGCAGUUCUUGAUUGAUGAAGGAGAUGAUGUCAAAAGUAUCAUUGAAUUCAUUGUGAGCGCCCUCUUCGCAGGUCUACUAAACAGUGGCACCAAUCUAGCCUGGGUGCUGUGCUACCUCGCGCAAUCCCCCGAAUGGAUGGCCCGCGUACGUGCCGAAGUCACAGCAGCCGCCGCCAAAUAUUCCACCCACCCUGAUCCAUCCGCGCCUUUAAUCGACCAACUCGGCACCCUUACCCUCGAGGCAUGGGAAUCCAGCUUCCCAACCAUCGAUCUCUGUCUCAAAGAAACCAUUCGGCUCCAAUUGCUCGGCAGUGCGUUCAGGAAGAAUAUCAGUGGCAGAGAGCUGAGUGUGGGGAAUGGAGAAGUGAUCCCGCCCGGUGCAUUUGUAGCUUAUCAUUUGGGUGACAAUCAUCUGAAUCCGGAGAUCUAUUCGGAGCCGGAGAAGUGGGAUCCGUCUAGGUAUGAGAAGGGCAGGGAGGAGGAUAAGAAAGCUCCGUAUGCGUGGGUUGGUUGGGGAGUGGCGAGACAUCCUUGUUUGGGCAUGAGAUUUGCGAAACUCGAGCAAAACGUAAUCACGGCCUUCUUCCUCGCUAUGUUCGACUUCGAACUUACUGACAAAGCGGGUACUCCGGUCUUUCAAACGCCACCAGUAGAUUUCAAUGGCCAUGCAGCGACGAGGGCAGAAGGCGCGUAUUUGAAGUAUACGCUCAGGACUUGA